AUUUGGGUAUUAUUAAUGGAUGGAAAUGUUUUAAAAAUUAUUAUCUUAAUAAGAUUAUCUUAAUCAACUUCUAUAUCAUUUUACAGUUUAAUUUUGAUUUGGUUUAAAUGCAGUAGACUUACAAUGGGUUGUUGCUAUAGUGCGGCUAGAUCAGGAGGCAAGCCACCACCAAAACCUUCAAAAUGGGAACCUCUUGAAAAAAGAACGUGUACUGACAUCGUGCCUCUCACAUUUUUCGUCAUAUUUUUUGUUGGAAUGAUCUUAAUUGCUGCGUUUUCUAUUGCAAGUGGAGCAGCUUCACGUCUUAUCAACGGUUAUGACAGUUACGGAAAUAUAUGUAACCAAGUUAAUAAAAAAAUUGUCAAUUCUGAUAAAUCUGGUCUGGACCUACGAGGAAAAAAAUAUGUCUUCUUCAUGGACGUAAUGGAUCCUCCGACAUCAUUAGAGAUUUGUGUUGAAAAAUGUCCGGAUAGAGAAUUGAAGACAAUGCAGGAUGUCAAGGAAUUUUUUGAUGAUACUGGGAGUCAGCUAUGUGACUAUCAAGUUGAUCCAGAUCAGUAUCAUUCACAAGCUUCAUCUAAAUAUGGUCCAUGUCCUGUUCUACCAGUUCGUCCUAGCUCAUCUGUAUUAUUUCGAUGUGUACCUGAUGAUCUACCAGACUUUUUGUCCGAUCUUGUCAAGAUUGUAUAUAACGUUGAUUUCAUCAGCCUUGUAUUGAGAGAUAUUUACAUGAGUCGAUAUGCCAUUAUAGGACUUUGCUUUUUGGCUGUAUUGGUUGCUUUCAUCAUGGUGAUAUUGAUAAGAUAUGUUGCAAGUAUCGUUGUUUAUAUCAUUCUGGUACUUGUCUGCGUUGCAUCAAUAGGUGGCACUGUUUUAUUGUGGUGGACAUAUGCUUCUCCCCAAGGCAUUGAAGAAUUAAAUAUUAAACUCAAUGAAGCCAACAACUCGCAAGCUUUUCUGUGGUAUGCUAUUGCCGCAACUGUCCUUACAGUUUUUUUACUUCUUUUAAUCCUUGUGAUGAGAAAACGGGUUGCAAUAACAGUUGAUUUGUUCUACGAGGCUGGAAAGUGCAUGACACGACUUCCAUGUCUUUUAAUGCAACCAUUUUGGACGUUCAUCAUUCUUUUGUUGUUUUGGAUGUGUUGGGUUGUCAUUUUUGCAUUCCUGGCUACAUCAGGGGAACCAUAUCUUGAAGACCCACAUACUGGUUGGGUGAAAUACAAUGAAACAUCCUUGAUUAGAUAUAGUUGGUGGUACCAUUUGGUUGGUUUGAUUUGGAUCAGUGAAUUUAUACUUGCUUGCCAGCAGAUGACAAUCGCCGGGUCAAUCGCAACGUACUAUUUUACAAGAAACAAGUCACAACUUGGUGAUCCAAUUUUAUCAUCCAUUGGAAGAUUGAUAUCCAAUCAUCUUGGAUCUUGUGCUCUCGGAUCAUUCAUAAUAACGUUGGUGAAAAUUCCAAGAUGCAUUCUGAUGUACAUUCACUCGCAAUUGAGUGGCUCUGAGAACAUGUGUGCUAAAGUUUUGAUGAAGAUGUGCAUCUGCUGCCUCUAUGUAUUUGAAAGAUGUCUGAAAUAUUUAAAUUAUAACGCCUACACUUUGGUUGCAGUCAAUGGAACACACUUCUGUAAAUCAGCAUGUGAUGCAGUGGCUACGUUGAUGUCAAAUGCACUUCGUGUUAUUGCAAUCAAUUCUGUUGGAACUUUCAUCUUAUUUCUCGGAAAACUAUUGGUCGUGGCUAUUACAGCGGGUAUCGGUGGCGUCGUUGUGAUGCGGUUUCAUCCCAAUCUGACUUACAUUGCUGCACCGGUCGGCAUUGUUGCCAUAUUUUCGUAUCUCAUUGCACAUUGUUUCCUUUCUAUCUACGAGAUGGCAAUUGAUACGCUGUUGUUAUGUUUCUGUGAAGAUUGCAGAGUGAAUGAUGGGACGCCUGGACGAGAAUAUUUUAUGUCAAAAUCACUGAUGGCAUAUGUCAAGAAGAGUACAAGACAUCUUGAUGAAGUCGAUGGGAAGAAACCUAAAGAGGGACCAGAAGGAGUGCCACUCAAUGAAAGUGCCCUAUGAAUAUCAUAACAAGAAUACAAGUACAAUGAAGCAUUCUAUCGCCUAUUGUGAUGAUUUCUACUAUACAGUCAUAAUGGGCAUAUCACUUCAAAUUUUAAACCUCAAAGUCAUAUUCACUACCAUUAUGCUCAUUCUAUGUUUGGGAUGCUGCGCUACGUUUUAUGUUAUCUAUUUUUGUGGUGAAAUAGUUUUCACUUUUGAACCAGACAUUUGAAGUAUUGUUCGAUGAAAUGGAAAUAAAUUUUAAAUUAUGGCUUCUAUUUUUUCGAUUACCAUUCAUGCUUCAAUUUUGGAUGGUCAAAAAACUUAGUCCGCUGAUUUUUAUUUUCUGAAUGUAACUCAAUCCAAAAUCAAAACCAUAAAGAUCGAUGUUCAACCAAAACUUGAAGUUGUUAAAAAAUUGUUAAUACUAAUUAUUUGGUGCUGUUUCUGUAAUCACUAGUCGCCUUGAACAGAAUUUCAUAUUUUUUUUUCCCUUUUUUGUAUAUUUCCCAUUAGCAUGUUUUAUACCUUUUGAUUUCAUUUCUAUUCCAUGUAUGUGAACUUUUUUAUAACAUAUUUCUUUUAUCAUGUUUGAUUUGUGGUGCUUUUAAAUGAUAUAUAAUCUAUUUGUUAUAAUGUUUUAUUAUCUCUCAUUAAUGGCCAUUUUAAUAUUGCACUUUUUUCUUUUGCACAAUCGAACAAACUAGCCGCAAAAAUGUGAAUAAUUACAGUUCACUCAUUUGCAUCUGAUUUUAAAUAUACAG